AUGGCCGAGAAUCCGCGCGAUCUCCCCCGUGAUAAGAAUGUAUUACCUGUUUCUUACUAUCACGCAAAGAAGGCCUGGAUGACUCGGAUCCUUUUUCGAAAAUGGUUUUUCGAGGAGUUCAUUCCCGCCGUGCGCAAAUUCUGUGAAAAAAACGGGCUUGAACCAAAAGCACUACUUCUUCUGGACAACUGCUCAGCCCACCAUGACGGAUGUGAACUUAAAAGUGACGACGGGUUGAUUCAAGUCAUCUACUUGCCGCCCAAUGUCACUAGUGAGUGCCAACCUAUGGACCAAGCGGUCAUCAACGCUAUAAAAAUACGUUAUAAGCGAAAGCUGAUGUUGAAAUUAGUACUGGAGAACGAACAUCUCCCUUUCAAUCAACGAUUGAAAAAUAUUUCAUUGUCUACGUGUAUUGAAUGGUUGGCUACGUCGUGGGACGAGAUAUCGUCAUCAACAAUAAGAAAUUCAUGGAACAAAUUAGUUGAUGAAUUUCCUGGAUACGAGAAUCGCGAAAUUUUACCUGCUGAGGAAAAUUCUCAAAGUCAAGACAUAGACAUCAGGUUGCUUAUAACUGCUGCAGAUGAAGCGGCUGGUACCAAAACAAAUGAUAGUGAUAUUGAUUGCUGGCUCAAUGAUAAGGUUGUUGAUUCGGAGGGAAAUACUUUAAGCAAAACUUGCUAUGAGUACACUGACGAAGAAAUUGUAAAAUCAGUGUUAUCCCGACAAGAUGAUUCAACAUGUACCGAAGAAGAGUGGUUGGACACAUCCUGUGAACAAAGCGAAAUUGAUGAAUCUAUCGAUCAGCAAACGUGCUACGAUGAAGCCUCAAACUACAAACCAGAUUUCUCUUCAGUACUUAAAUCUUUGGAUAAUGUAAUCGAGUAUGUUAGAAAUGAUACUGAAGAGGUCAAAAAAUUGUUUUCACUAAGAAAUAAGCUCAUUGAUACUGAAUGGAAUAAGCGUAAUACAUAA